UUCUCCGCCAAGUUGAGCUACACGUCAGUGGGGAACCUGUACUGGUGAGUGGACGUGUACGGUGCCCGUCAGGCGGUUCCCGGAUGCAGCGAACAGAAACAUGGAACGGGUAGUGGUGGAUGUGCCGAUCAACAACGGUUUUUCCUUUGCCUGCCCCUCUACAACCCCACGAAAGCGCCAGGUGCGUUUUUCAGCGCGGCAUGACAUCAUCCUUCUGCGAGAGGUUAUCGCACAGAACCCCUUCGCCUCCAAAGAACCAGGACGGAUCUGGGCCCGUGUGGGGGAGAUUAUCACUGCAGCUCUCCAGGAAGAAAACUUUGAGGUGGAUGCCAGGAGGUGCAGAGAGAGGACCAUGCUGCUGCUAGACUACUACAAGAAACAAGACUUUCCCAGUCUGCGCAGGUUUGGAACAGAGAGGUUGUACGCUCAAAAGGAGGAUCUACUCCAUGAGGUCUUGGAGCUGGAGGCUGAGAAGGGGCUCCUGGCCAGUGGUGAAGUGCCAAAGUACCAGGACGAUGAGCGGAGAAGUCGAGCCAUAGAAGAACUAAAUCUACCAGAACAGGACAAGCCAAACAUCACUAUCACGCACACACCCACUGCAGAACCAGAAGACGACCGCGAAGAAACGGCAGAGCUUUCAGCAGCUCCCACAGCCAAGCGGCCCUGCCAGUGUUGCUGCCAGACCUACUCUGAGAUUCUCAGCUUUCUGGAGAAACGCUCAGAGGCGGAGCAACGACUUCGAGAGGAGGAGCUCGCCCUGCGCAGAGAGGAACUGGAGAUUCAGAGGAGUAAGAUCGCUCUGGAGAGAGAACGUCUGGGAGCUGAGAGGAAGGAGAGGGAGCGGAGAUUUGAGCUCGAGAGCCAGGAGAGGCAGGUCAUCUUGGACCUGCUGAAAGAGAAGGUGCUCAAAGGCUGACAAAGACAGACUGGAUCACCUGGAUUUUAAGGACAUCUUUGACCAAGUGUGCGUGUGUGUGUGGGUCAGGGAGGGCAUAGUUGACUGCUAAAAAGAGGAAGGAAUAGAGCAAAACUGGAAGUGAAGAGAUCAAAGAGAGGAACAGUGAGUUGAUAUUUAUAAUGAUGACCUAGAAGACAGCCACUUGCCUUUAUCUGUCUGAACUGUCAAACAAAUAAGCAAGUUUGUGAGCGUGGACACUGCUUAGCCACACAAGUAUAUACAGCUGCUUCAAAAAAUAUUCACACCCCUUCACUUUUUUUAAACAUUUUGUUGUGUUGUAUUUUUAAAUGGAUAAAAUUGGCAUUGACAAAAUCAAAUAUUGAAAUCUCUCAUUGACAAAACUUUUCAGACUCUUUUUCUGUGGGCAAGGAACGUGACCAAGAACCCAAAUGUCACUCAAAUAGACUCUGAGUAGUCCCACUCCCAGUAAAAGACAAAUGACAGCUUGCCCGGAGUUUGUCAAAUGACAUUUAGACAACACUCAGAGUGCAAGAGAAAAGAUUCUCCAACUAAACUGCAGAACUCCAAGCCCUACAGUAUGUCUGGCAAACACCUGGCCAAUCCCAUGCCCACCAGGAAGCACGGUGGUGGCAACAUCAUGCUAUGAGGUUGCUUCUCAGGGACAUGGAAUGGGACAUUAUCAGAAUGGAAGGGAGAAUAAAUUCAGUCAAAGAAGAUUUUUAAGAAACCUGAGCCAGAGUGCAGUGACCUGAGACUGGGGCAAUGAUUCGCCUUUCAGCAUGACAGUGACUCAGAGGAUACGGUCAGUCAGCUGGUGUGACUUCAGUACCAGUCGCUGACUGUUCUUGAUUCGCCAAACCGAAGCCCAGACAUACAGUCUACAGAAUAUCAGCAGAGGCUUGAAGAUUGCAGUUCUAAGAUGCUUAUCAUCCAAUCUGAUUGGGCUUUAGAGGAUCUGCUAGAAAGAAUGGAAUAAAUUGCUCAAUUCCAGGUGUGCAAAUCCUUCAGAAAUCUCCCCAAGAAGGCCUUAAGGUGUAGUUGCUGCCAAAGGGACUUUUACAAGGUAUUGAAUUAAGCAUGUGAGUAUUUUUACAAGUAAGAGAUUUCAGUUUUAAAUUUUUGAUACAUUUGCAAAACUUUUACUGUGUUACUGAGUGUAGAUUGAAGGAGAAAAUGCCAAAAAGUGAAGGGGCACUGAAUUCAUUUUGAAGUGACUAUAGACCUGACAGAACUAGUGACAGCAUCAGUGUUUGCCUAAGCCAACUGCUCAAACCCGAUUCAUAUAAAUGUUAAUAGACCCUCCCUGUGUUUCAUUCCUCAUGAAACAGAUUGCAUAAAGGUCCUAAAGUGCUGCAAUUAAUCGAGUGCCAUCUAAGGAAUGGAAUGUAGAAGUGGGUGUGGUGCGGCCAUUUAGGUGUGGUGACCCGCAGAGCUAAAACCGUCAGACAGGAUCUCAGUGUCUCAAGAUGGCAUGUUGCACAAAGUCGGUAAAUGCCUUUCCUCAUGUUGUCUGGCACCAACAGCAGAGUGAGUCGUGUCCACAGUGUAAAGGAGAGGAUUCCUUGUAGAGCCAGGUCGGCACAAAUAUAAAACUGACGAACAAGAGAUGAAUAUGUUUAAGCAAUUAAGCCAUGGUGCAGCUUAAGCUUUUGCAAACCCUGUAGCAUAUGCCAUAUUACCACUUUACACACCUUAUUUAGUCACUUUCUAUUUGAAGGCAUUUUAAAUAAAAAUAGAAAUAAAGCUAUAUUUUAAAGAGUCAGUUGAUGUAUUUUGACUGGUAAGCAAUUUUUUUUUUUUAACAACAAAAAUUCUCACUAACACAAGCCAUGAACUCACAUUCUAGAAAAAUAACAGACUGUUGGCAAUUUUCUGAAAUUAAAUAAAAUCGUGAUAGUCAUAAUUACGAGUGAUAAUAUCACAUCUUCUGUGUGCCAUAUUUCUUUUGCUGUAAGUAAUUUGUCAAACAUCUACAGUUUAAGUUGCUAAACCAAGGUAGUUAUUGGACAUUGGUUAAAGCUAGUGUUACAUAGACAUGGAAUCAAUGAACGAAUCACUUCUUUUUGUACAUUCUGUCGAUUUGCAUUUUUUAUUUUUUUAUUUGUUUAUUGGUCAUAGGUAAUUAAAUGACCUGGCUGUUACUACAUGACAGUGGAUAUUGGAACGGUAUAUACAUCGUUUUAAAAAAUGCUUACAAAUUUUAUUUUUCCUUACAGUAUGUCCCACAACGUAGCCUAUGCUGUAUAAAGUGAAAGCACGUAAAGAAAACUUAACCUCAAAGCUAUUUAAAUUUUUGUUCUGCAAAUAAGCAAAUGGUGAGCAAAGUUUGCUUUCAUUAUGAUCAUCACCAAUCUACAUUUAACUUGGUGUGUGUAUGACAGAGCCAUAUGAAAGGGUGACUCAUUUCUAAAAAAAAAAAAAUCAUUGUUUUAAGAAUACCUAUGAAAGUGGAUUUUCCUAUAGGUGUGCAGAUGUGCGUAUUCCAAAAGGUCACUAUUAUCCUCUUGAUAUUAAAACUGACAGUUAAAACAUUGUUGCGAAGUUAUGCAUAAACUCCUCUUUGCUAAGAGAACAGUGGUUGAAAAUACUGCACUGUAUAUUGUUCUAGUUGAUGUUGCAAUAUUGAGUAAAUAAACGAACUCCUUUCAUUAUUAUAAUUAGUAUAAUGAAUUAUAUAGUUUUCUGCUAUAAAUCUUUAAUGAAGACUUCAAAUGGGCAUCAUUAGUAUUGUAUCAAUAUGACUACAGUUUUUCAGAACUUACACUGUUUGGCACUGUACUAUAUUAUAGUCUUCAAUUUAAUCUUCUAAUUUAGAUUAAAGAUUAAAAUUUAGAACAAAG